AUGGAUGACUACCUUGCAGGGCCGCCGGGUCUGUCGGACGCCAUUGAUCUGCCGAUUCCCGCCUCACCCAGCUCUAGCAUGGCCGGAUCAUCUCGCGGCACUAAUGAGCCAGCGGCCCUCUCCCAAAUAUCGCAAGACAUUGCUGCUAUCUCGUCCAGCAUGCUCACCAGGCGGGACAAGUCUGAAAUGGUGGCUGAGCUGCGGGCGGUGAUCAGAGAGGAGAUCGCUGCAGUGCGUGCGGAUCUCACCGCCCUGGAACACCGAGUGGACGCCUGGAUGCUGAGCAUCUUCAGACCACCCACAGGCAACAGGCCGCGGACCUUGCGACCACCAGGCAGGGGAACCUGCUCCUAG